CCGGUUUGUGGAACCAUGACCAAAACUCCAUGAACAACCCACAAAAAUUACUCAUCCUCGGCGUGUCCCCAAAGGACCAAAAGGUGUCUUACUCCUUCCACAUGUCACUUCUAUAGCAUGACAAGUUUCCUUUGUUUUUCUGACGCUCCCACCAUCAAAGUUUGAGUAUAAUUAGGAACCCUGGUGAAGAGGUGCAAAGAGGAUAAUAACAGUUUCAGCACAAGAAACCAAAAAUUAUACAAAGUAAAAAAUGGAAGCAACAUUUUUGGCUAAGAGAACUCUCUUCAACAUCCCAAAGUUCUUGCCUCAAAGCCCUCCUGGAAUCCAAUCUACCAGAAGAGUUACCAGGGCUUGCUUAUCCACUGCUUAUGAGCGUGCCGAAGGAAGCAACGCAGUAGUAGAAGAAGAAGGGUCAUCAGAUAUAACAGAUGCACCAAGAGAUUACAUAAGAGACGGCAAGUACGAAGCCAAACGGUUUCCACCGGAGAAGGCAGGCCGCCGGGCAGCAAGACAAGCUUCGCGGCGGAUAGUGCCGAAGAUGGAAUUAAAAGGGCCGUGGAGAUGGCAGAAUAUGUGGGAGAUACGGCUAAGAAGACCCUGGAUGGAGCUUGGGAAGCAGCUAAAGAUACCGCACAAGGUAUAAAAGAAAGGGUGACUGAAAACGAUGAUGAUAAUGAAGAGGAUGUUGCAGUUGACGAGAUUAGGAAAGCUGAUCAGAUUGUUGACACACAAGAAUAUAGGAGUGUUGAUGAAUUGAGGGCCAAAACUGGAGGGUAUGAUAAGGCACAUUGAGAAGCUUAAAUUGUUCAUGGAAUCACUUUUUCUUUCAAUGUUUUGUCAUGCACAAUUAUAUGUUUAUCAAAUAGUUUGGUUACACAGUGA